AUGAUUCCCGACGCAGAAAUUGACAAAUACAUCGACCCACGGCAGAAUGUCAUCACGGCUGGCUUUCCUGACUUGUUUUCUCUGAGCUAUAUCCUCACAACAUUCAAUGUAACAGAACUUCGGUACGACGAGGACGCUUUACCCGCUAUCUCUGGGUUGCUGUCAGUCCUGAGUCGUACAUUCUCUGGCGGAUUCUUGUACGGCAUCCCGGAAAUGUUCUUCGAACGAGGAUUAGGCUGGUAUCCCUACUGGAACGACCGGAACAUCCGACGACGUAAUUUUUCAGAACGAUUUGGAAAGGACCGUCCGUCUCGGGCAGGCUUGCCAUCAUGGUCUUGGGUCGGCUGGCACGGUAACCUUGACAUCUUCAGGUGCGGCGAGGCGGCUCGAAUCGUCGGCAACCCAUGUCGGAUUGAAGAAACAAUUCCGAUCACAGAGUGGUACACGAGCAAGUCUUCCAGCGACUUGCCGGAAAAUAGAAGGAGAAUCAGGUCCACGUGGUUUGAAAAUCGCGAUAAUAACAAGGAUUUUGCGAAGCCAUUGCCUACUGGCUGGUCGUGCCACGACGCCCCCGACACAGGAUCGUUGAGGGGAGAACCUCACUUGCACCCAGAUGGGUGUGGGAAAUACAUUUUCAAACAUGCGGACAUGCCCGAUUUGUGGUACUAUCCAUUCCCGGUCCCCGAUAUCCAUAACUCAACGCCGCCAGUCACGCCUGAGCAGACAUCCUAUUUGUUUUGCAAGACGUGGAGGGCGCGCCUUUGGGGACGACAGGCUAGCGAAGGAAACAUUGCCAGAAUUUUUAAUAGCUCUGGGGAGGAUAUUGGCUUUCUGAAAUUACACAACGAAGCUGACCUGUCUCUCUUCCCAAGCAUAGAUUCCGAGGCUAUUCACGGGUUGCCGGUGGAGCUAAUAGCUUUGUACAAGUCACGAGUAUAUUCAAAGACAUUGAAUGAAGUUAAAAAGAUAUAUGAACACCCUUUGCAAAGAUUUGAUGAGUAUACAGUAUUAUGGGUGGAAUGGAAGGAUGGUAUUGCAUAUCGUCUUGCUAGCGGGAAGGUGAAGGCAGAAGAAUGGGAAAAGUUAGAACCGGAGAAGAUCGAGCUAAUUCUAGGUUAG